AUGUCAGAGAGAUUUAACUCUGCCCAGGCUCCGGGCAAUAAUAACAGUGGAUUUGUUUCUCAGAAUACCCAAGAACCAAUAAUCGAAAAUCAUGACAACAAUAUAGAGAUAAAAAACGAGGACGACGAUGAUGUCGUUGAGGUAGAGAAUCCCAACAUUUUGGGAAAUGGUACUUCAGCAUCACAAAAUAAUAAUAUCAAGGACUUACCAGAACUGCCGCGCUCUCCUGAAAAAUAUCAAACAGUGGAUGAUGUUAGCGAUGAUGAAAAGGAUCUUGCUUACAUGUACGAAAGAAUAUUCAACCAUCUAAAUGAGGAUAGGCUACUAAAUGUUCUUUCAACAAAACAAAUGAUAGAAAAAGAAGAUGAGGCAUCAAAAAUUUUACAGGAGGAUGAUUUUGAUGUUGAUGAUAUUGAGGCUGAUGAAGAUGAGGAAGGUGCUGGGUCUUCACAAAAGGAUUCAAAGGCAGCGUUGCGUGCGAAAUACAAAACAAAGAACAAGAGCAGCUUCAUUACCGAUAGCAGCAAAACUAACAAGUUAAAUGAGGAAGAUAUGGAACCAAUUCCUACUGAUUUAUCUCCGAUCACUAAUAGAGAAAAGCAGGGGCUUUUAAUGAAGAGUUUCAAUUCAGAUCAGGCUGAAAGGUACGAGGCAUACAAAAGAUCGGCGCUCUCGAAGUCGUUUUUCAAAAAGAUAUCUACUGCGGUCAUUGGUCAAAACUUAACAGGACCAUCACAAUUUGCUAUUAGUGGGUUGGCGAAGUAUUUCAUGAUGGAAUUAUUGGAAAAAUGCAAAGAUGUUUAUGACAAUAAUCAAAAUGUCGAAGUGGCAGAGAGGAUCGUGAGGAAAAGAGAAGCAAAAUUUGAAGAAUACCAAAAAAGUAAAAAACAGAAAGUGAAUAAUAGCAAUAAUAAUAUUGGUGGCCAGGCUGCCCAGAGUAGUGGUAAGUUGAGCGAAAAGAUCAAGGUCCAACAAUCUGGUGAUUCAAUUCCUCCUCCCCUUACCCCAUUCCAUGUCCGUGAGGCUUUUAGAUUAUAUAAGUUUGAAAAUGGUUAUCCCACGAAUAAUAUCAGAGAUCAAGGUGAUGGAAAUGGGUUUAUGUUUAGAUAG